AUGCUUCGAGUGUGGUGCGGUUUGUUGCUGAUGGGAGCUCUGGCCCAUGCUGCGGCGCCAGCUGCAUCAUCGUCCACGAGUACAAAGAGGGAAGAUCCUAGCCCAGGAUCUGGUGGAUCCUCAGGAGGUCAACCAGUCUACUCUCCAUCGGCCUCUUCAAACAGUUACAGCAGCGCAGCCUUUGAUGCCUCAGAAGCUGCCAAUGCAUACAAGGCUCAGCAACAAUCUCAAGGAAACCUCUACUACUACUACUACCCAGUACAAGAGAAGGGACAGGACAACGCCUACGCCAGUUCCUCUACACACAACUAUGCUACUGCACCUGCCAAUGGUAAUCCUUACGAGAGCCAGGAUUCGACCCAGAACAGCUACCAUGCUGCUCAAGCCAGCGAUGCCUAUACCUCUCAAGAUGCAGCUUACGCUGGAGCCCUGAACCAGCUAAGCCAGUAUGGUCUUGCUAAUGGCUACAGUUUAGGCACUGGUGGCCUGAAUGCUGCUUCUGGAUUAGCAGGAGCUAAUGCUUUUGGUGCUUACGGAGCUGUACCAGCUGCAGGUUAUGCAGCAGCUGCUAUGCCAGGAGCCUAUGGUGCUGGAAGCUAUCCUGCUGGCAGCGCAGCUGUAGCUAAUUACGCCCCACAAAGUUCCACUCUUGCUCAAUAUGCUGCUCAGCUGACAGGAUAUGGUGGUGGUGCUGCAGGACAAUAUGGUGGAGCAUCUGGUUUCAUGCCACAGGGUUAUGGUACUCCUAGUAGGAGGUUGGGAUUAGGAAGUUUGAUCAUGCCCAUGUUAGCGCUUGCUGGACUGACCAUGCUUGUUCCUACCAUCACCAGCAAUCUUGGAAGCAGAAACAAGAGGUCUACUGACUCCCAGAAGCAUCCAUUGUCCCUAAUCACAGAGUACAAAGACAAACUGGAGAAAUACUACUCCUUGUACAGAACCGCUGUUGAAAAGGAAGAAUGCAUGAACAGGAUCAUCUGUGAAUUUGGAACUGCUGUCAGUGACGUAAAAGGAAAAGGCGCUGUUGUUCUCGUUCUUGAAAAGUUAGUUCCCAAGCACAUGCGACCCAAAAUGAAUGUAUUCAAGGCCGGCGCUCUCUCUACGGAAAUCGGAAAGUGUAAAAAGUUGUUCAAAUGCUGAAAUCCACAGGCAGUUCAAAUGAAGCAUCGAAAAAGAACAUUGAACUGAACUUAUCUUGUGGAUAUAUCCCCAAGCUUCGGCCAAGAAGAUAGGACCAAUUCUGUUUCGUUUUCUCACCCAAAAUGGCGGCUAAUGCCCACAUGUUGUUCUCUUUGUCUCUUAUGUAACUCCUGUCCGACCUAUGUCUUCCAGCCAUUGCAAUUCCGGUAGAGCGUACAGGUGACGCUCUAAGCACCAAGCGACCUGAUCUAACACGUUUAGCUCCUAAGGCGUCUGACCUUAAAUGGCCGACAGAUAGCCUGCAUCCUCCUAAGUUUAGUUUCGCCGCUAGAGGCACUGCAUGCCUGGAACACUGGAUUCUUCUUCUUGGCCGAGAUAGUAUAUAUUUAAAUACUAUUUUACAUUCAGUGCAAGGUUUCUGGGGCAGCUAUGAUUUCGUAAUCAAAAUUGUAUUCUAUUUGGUCUGCGACAUCAUACCUCCUUUUAAGAGUGAUCGUUGUGUACGUACUUGUUCGAAAUAAUGAACAUUUUUUGUGUGGCUAUAUUUUGAAGUUUACUGGAUUUUUUUAAAGUAAUAUUUUAUUUGUUGCUGCAGCCGAUGAUUUUCAACGGUGAAUUUACACAAGUCUUGUUGAACAAGAUCAAUGAGCUAUGUAAAAAUCAUGUAAAGUUUUCAUUGAAAAAAUAUGUGUAUAAUUUUGCAUAUAUAGUAUACACAUUUAUAUUUGUCAUAAACAGUUUUUGUGUUAGUAGUUUUAUCUACAGAUAUCUGGUCCAUAGGGUUUUGAAAAGUAUAUUUAUGCUAAAUUUGUGUAUAUCUAAUAUUUUUUUAGGAAUUCUACAAAGUUCCUCAUUUUAGAUCAAAUCAUUUUUCUAGGGAGACUUUUCGAAAAAAAAAAUUAGAUUCAUUCUUUUUUUUUACAUGAAUGAAAAAAUAGGUAUAUCAAUAAGGUUUUUGAUUUUUUUAAAAAUCUGUAUGACAAAAAGGUUACAGCUAUAGUUAUUCAAGGAAAAAUUCCUUUAAAAAAAUCAGGGGAUUAGUUAUUGAAAUUUAUUCAACUCUUUUUUUCUCUUUUUUUUUUGCUAUUUUUGCAUCAUUCCAUUACCGCAGUACUUAAUACAUCUCAAUAAACCAUAUUAUUAGUGAAUGGAAAAGAAAUUGAAGUAACUUAUGCUUAGGAAUGUUACACGUUCUUUAAGGACGGUAUAUUCUUAAUAAUGUAUUCCAAUAAGCAAUAAACACGAAAAAAGAGAGCUUUGAUAGUUUUGAAAAUACUCCUCAAAAUUGCGCAUUGCUUUCAUGUCAACGAAAGCUUGAGUACUGCGUUGUACUAUUUAUUCUAUUUUCAUUUCAUUACUUUUUUUGUGUAUAUGCUGUUUGUAUGUUUUUGUUCGUGAAAAA